UGCAGGGGCUCGAAGGGAGCGCGCACUGAGCAUGCUCUUUAGAGUACAGGAAGGGAAUCGGUAGUUGUGACAGGACUCCUCUAGGAACUGCGGUGAUGCAAUAUUUCAUGAGGCCAAGUUUUUUUUUUCUUUUUCCCACAUUGGCAUGUUUGAUUUUGUGAGUGGGGGCAGGGGGUGGGGGAGAGAAUAAUAAAUGCAAAGUCAGCUGUGAGCUUGGUGCACGACACUAUAUGCAGAAGUUGCCAGCGUCAAAUGGCGUCACUGGGGACAUGGAGAGAGAUUUGGUCGGGAGAUAAUUUGUCAUGUUGGAGCAUGUUUUUGCUGAACACAAAGAAGCACCCACCUUCUAUUUCUUGUUUUUUUUUUUUGGGUGGUCUUUUGGGCUACCGAGCGUCCCUGCCACCCCGACAAAGACACGCGUAGCGGCAUUUUAACAUGUUCACAAAAAUACGCACAUACGCUCAUGCUUCCUGUUUGUAGAAAAGAUCCUUCACUGCUGCAUGGGAGGAAGCUGUGAUUCUCAGCCGGUCUGGUCACUGCAAUGAAUGGUAACACAUUCCAGCCAGCCAGCAGCACCGCGACAGUAGGAGGCGGCCAAGGGGUGGCGGCGCUCCCGCGAGGCUGGAGGGAGUUCUGCGAGCUGCACGCCAUCGCCGCAGCGCGACAACUCGCCGGACACUACCGGAGCUUCGCCAGGGAGCGCCCCCAACAUGACGCCCCCCCGCCGGAGACCUUUUCCAAGCAGUUCACUGACCUCUUCCAGCAGCAUUUUUGCUGCGAGGUCGACAAGGAUGGCGCGCCUCUCCGGCACAGCACCUGCUCCGCCGCUUCCGGCAUCACCCCGGCGGUUUCUCCUCCGCUUCCGCCGCAGACCGUGAUCGGUCGAUUACGACUCGCCGCUUUGUCCGGGGCGCAGGACUACCGGGAGGCGGGCCGACAAAGCGGAGGAGCCGCUCUCUUUACCGUGGUGUCGGCGAAAGUGGAGCCGGCGGUGGUGAGCAGGGAGCAAGAGCGGCCUCUGCGUUGGGCGGCGGGGAACCCCCGUUCGGGGAACCCGGCGCUGCUCAGGGGCUUGGGCUUGGCCCGUUCGUUAGGCAGCGGGUCGCUGUUGUUCCGUAGCCGUAGUAACGAGGAGCUAUCUGGUACAGCUAGUCAACAGAUAUCCGACUCUUCAGCUUCCGGUCCGGCGCACGCCGAUGUCACGCACUUCUCAGUUAGUCAGAUUCGGCAGUCUGUCAGGCGACUUUUUAAGAAAGGGCCUCUUCCCAGGCCGCCCUCGACACAGGACCUGUCCGCCAACGACCCCGCCCACCCCCCCGCCGGCCCCGCGAGCAGCGCGCCCCGCACGUCCGAGCAAACCUCCUCUUUCUCGCAGCCUCCCGCUUCUCCCAACUCUGAAACGACAUCAACGCCGGUGACGCCGCUCUCCGGAGUCGCCUCCCACUUCCUGGAUCGUUUCCGUUGGUUACGCGGCGGGAGCGUGAGGCAGAGGAGGUCAGAGGUCAGCAGCUGCUGUAAAGAGGGCCAGCUGAGGUACUUGCUGGUGGACGACACCAUCUCGGACUCUUUGCCGCGAUGGCAGCGCUGCCGCCUGCUGGUCAGGAGGAUCAGGGAUGCCCAAGGCGGAGGAGGCGAAGGCUACCAGUUGGAGCUUUAUGAUCCUCCAAAGGCCUCCGCUCCCAAACUGACGACUCACUGCUCAGAUAUCCAAGAAGUCCGUCGCUGCAACCGGCUGGAGAUGCCCGACAACUUAAACACGUUUGUCUUAAAGGUUAACCGAGGCAGUUUGAUAUUUGAGACAGACAAUGACCAGCAGGUCAGCUCCUGGACCACAGAGAUCAAAGAAUGCAUCAGCAACAGGUUGGGUACUGUGGAUCUGGAGCCCCUCCCCUCGGUGGCUGACGGCGCCCUUUCGACCAAUCACAGGGCAAGCUCCGAGUCUGGCAGUCAAAGUGAUUGGAGGCCCGCUUCGUCCCACCUGGCUCAGCAGACACGUCCCGUCACGAUUAGCUACCCUGUCGCCCUGGCUCUGCCGGAGCCGCUCAUCCACAAGACCGAUCACUUCCUGUCCUCCUACCCGUGGUUCCACGGGCACAUCUCGCGCGUCAAGGCGGCCCACCUUGUUCAGAGCUCGGGAGCCGAGGGCCACGGCGUCUUUCUGGUGCGUCAGAGCGAGACGCGGCGAGGAGACUACGUCCUCACUUUUAACUACCAAGGAAAAGCCAAGCACCUGCGCCUCUCGCUGACCGAGUGGGGGCAGUGCAGGGUGCAGCACCUGCGCUUCCCCUCCGUCGUGGAAAUGCUCAGCCACUUCCGCCUCUUCCCCAUCCCGCUGGAGUGCGGAUCAGCCGGCGCUGUCACGCUCUCUAGCUUCGUGGUGGCGGGCUCCAGCCCGCCGUCACAGGGUCAGCUCUCCGGCACCCACUUGGCGCCGUUCUCGCUGCACCGCUGGAACUCGGAGCCCAACUUGGCUCACUGCGGAGCAGCUCGAAGCUGCAAUCAACCACUUUCUUCUUCUUCCUCAUCCUCCUCCUCUUCCUCGUCUUCCUGCGCCGCCCCGGGCGCUUCCGGCCCGCAGCUGCCUCGCCGGCUCGGCCCGCCGCCGCCGCCGUCGAACGCCACCGCCUCCUCCGCUCCCCUGCGCCGCAGCGAGUCGGCGGGUCGGCCGCCGCCGCUCCGCCUCGGCCACCCGCCCGUCUUCCCCCAGCGGGACUCGGACUAUGAGUUGGAACCCGAGCGUGGACGCAAGCGGGCCAUCGACAACCAGUACAUGUUGCUCUGACCUCCCGCCGCCCGGCUCCACGAGAUGCGCAUGGGUUCGAGACCAAGCCCCUCCCCCCCGACCCCCCGUGGCUUCCGCACGAGUGUCCGCAGUGAAUGUAUUUUGAUGUAUGGGACGGGCAGGGGAGCACGCGGCUCAUCUUCAAGCCCAGCGUGCAAAAACUAUUUUAUACGUUUUUUUUUUUAACUCAAGGUUGGCUUGAACCAAUCCUCGCUUCGCACCACUCAUGGGUGAAUUGAGUUUGUUUUUUUUUAAUUUAUCUUGGCCGCCUCCUUUCAUUACUUUGCUGAUGCAAAAUCACUUUUUAAGCCCCCCCCCCCAAAAGGCUUUAUUCUUGGCACAUUUCUUCUAUAAACACAACGGAGCACUCUUCUUUCUCCUCUUUGUCACGCUUUGAAUCUUCUGACGCUCUGUCACAAGAUUUCUCAUAUUUGCAUAUUAUUUCAAUAUGAAAGCAACGCGGUGGGUGCGGGGGUAGUGGGUCACACACCUGCUUCAUAGUGGAGAGAUUCUGGAUUCGAAUACUCCAGCUUCCUCUCGCAACCCAAAAACAUGCAUGUUAGUUUGAUGAAGGACUAGAAAUUGUCCACAGUGACCAGCAGCCUUUUACGCCACCUUCCGCCGGAGUCGCCGUUUUUCUGCAACGAUGACGCAGCUCGAGCCCCUUUCACACCGAAUCCUGCGUACACUUACUCAUAGGCGUUCUUCUACAUGUUGUGGCUCCACCCUUUUUAAACACAGAGAUCCUGCAAAAUUGUGAAGCGCCGUCAUUUUGUGAGUCUUUUACACAGAAGCCUUCUCAUGAGAUGGCUUCUGCGUGUGUGCGCUUUCAAACAACACAGCAACCUUCGAUGAGAUGAUGUCAGUGCUCAUUUUGUGUCAUGUCGGAAAAAAAAUAUUUUCACACAGACAGUAACAAAUGCUUUGAACACAAAGUUGUGGGAGAAAUGAGUAUCGUUCGAGAUUGCGAGAAAAAAAAAAACGUCAUCCAUUUUACACAGAACCCAGCUAAGGCGUGUGAAACUUCACAUCUGCGUCGACUUUCAGACGGGUGCUCGGUAUCCUGCACUCGGAUAGUUCAAUGAUGUCAGCACCAGUGUGUGGUGUGAAAUUUUAGAAAUGAGUGUCACAUGUCCCAAAUUUGUAGAAUUGUGGAUAUGAAAAGUCUGCACACCCCAGUUCAGACUUUGUGCUAUUCAAAAAACUUUUUUUUCUACGAUUAGUCUGAUGUGUAACUGGUUCAACUCGAUCCAAUUAAAAAAUGUAUUUGUAUAUAUUCUUGAGGCAAGGUAAAAACGACUCCGAUCAUGUGGUUGCACAAGUGUGCGCACCCUCUUGUAAAUGGGAUGUGGCCGUGUUCACAAUUAACCAAAUCACAUUCAAAGAAAAGUGUCGGCAUCCAUCUGCCAACAUUUAAAGUGGUGAAUUUGAAAUGAAGUUCAUACGUUCUAGUUGGCUUUCCUUGAUGUCCUCUUUUAAUUGGGUUGUACUAGUUACAGGUCACGUGAAAAAUAUCUGCCUGGCCUUUGAGAGGGUUGUGUGGACUUUUCAUACCCAAUGUAGGUCGUUACAGCUCUAAUAUGAAAAAUGGCAGCUUUUACAGAUAGCGUAGCAGGGGUGAGCUAGCCAUCCUGAUACGCUCAAACUCUAGCCUGGAAAUCUCGACUCAUCGCUGUAGUGGGUGCGGCUUGCCAGGCUUCUCAAACUCUUGCGCCUUCUUCAGAGUGUCAAAUGGUGUGCGACUCGUACUUUACCAGCUGAGUCACGCCUUCAUUGAACAUUAGCUGAUAGACAACAAUGUCAUGUGACACUGAAGAAGGCAGAAGACUUUCGCCGAAACAUGUCAGGUAAACUCCAACCUAAAAAAAAAAGUGUGUGACAAAAGAACCGAUAAGUUCAAUAUCGGUUAAUUGUUCUGCCUGUGAUGAUGCGUCACUGGCAUAGAUAGACGACAAUGAAUGAAAGCUCUUGGUACUCACUAAGGUCGCUGUUAAGAAAAAACUUCUAUGUGCCUUGUGGCGCGUUUGCGCAGUGUCACGCGCGUACAUUUUCAUUUUCAUUGGGUGAUUUAUGAAAGUGGGGUUUUUUUUUUACAUCCAACUCUACUUUUGUUUUUUUAACACACAGGUAGCAUUAACUGUUUGGUUUGCGACGUCACCAUGACUACAAAUCACCAAAUCUAUGUCCAGCACGCUUUAUUUUGGUAAGCAAUGGGAUGUCUUAACACUAACGCACGUCCGAUUGUUUUUUUUUCCCCGUUUGUUUUUCUUUUGGCACUUAACGGAAAUGGACAAAGUGUGAUGUUGUUCUUGCAACUGUAACAUGUCGACCCGUCGCGACUCCUCUCUUUGUUUCAGAAAAAAAAAGUAAAAAGAUAGUGUGUCGUGCAAUAUUGAUUUCACAUAGCCACAAUGUUCUCAUGUUUAUAUAUAUUUUUUAAUCAGUGUUGGGGAACCUUUUUAUAUUUUUUAGUCCUCUGAGGGCCAAACUAAAUUAAAAUGAAGAAAAUGUGAUUUAACAAGUGUUUAUUGUUCAAUACGAUAAGCGUUGGGUUAAAUGUUUUCCUCAAAUAUAUUUAACAGUUCCUUUGGGGAUUAUUUUAUUUUUUAGAAUUGCUCCAUGUUGGAUUCCCCAGCCCUGCUUUAAGGCUUCUCAUCUAAGUUGCUUCAGCCACACUCCCCCCAAUGACCAUGAAGAUGGUUUCAUGCCAUUGUGGCUUUUGAGUUGAUUUGAAAAUUUCCCGUUAAUGACAUGAAUGUGUUCUCAAUACUGUGUGUUUACCUCAGCACUGUAAAGCUCCCCCUACUCCCUCCCAAAGACCACCACCAGAGAGCUUUCAAAUGAAGAUGUCUUUGUGAUUGCAAUCCCUUUUUCAUUCAGUUGUAAGCCUUCUAAAUUAUAUAUCAACUGUACAUUGGA